AAUCAUGCCGGAUGUGCAAUCCAUGGUCGAUGAAUUCGUAAUCAAGCUCAGGAAACGUAAAAUCGAGGGAUCAAAGGCCACGGCGAAGCUGACGGCGGAAUUGCUUCGCUCUUUUAUAUCUCAACAGCGGCUUCCCAGCAGUAACCAGGCUGGUGCUCUUACCGAUGCCGUUAAGUCUGUUGGUGAGAAACUCAUUGCUGCAAAUCCUGUCGAGUUGGCGGUUGGAAAUGUUGUACGGCGUGUUCUGCAUAUCAUACGUGAAGAAGACCUCUCUCUAGCUACUGCGGCAGUUGGUGGGUUAACUUUGGCAGGUGAAAGUGACGAUGAAGGUGACACCGAACAGGAUGAUCAUCCAGUUCUCUCAGCAACUGCUGUAGCUGCUGCUGCAAGAAACGCAUUAAGGCCGCCGUCUUUGCAGACUCUCCUUGAAGAUGUACCUCACUCUGCAGCGGCUCCUCAUGCUUCUUCUUCUGGGGAGGCGAUUUGCAGCGGGGUUUGCAGCGGGUACGCGAAGCAAAAGCUUUGGAUUGGGGCGAUUUCGCGUGGAGGAGAAGGUGAUUUGGGGACGAAGGCGAAACAGUGA